UCCUCAACACAGAUGGUUUUAUUUAAUAGAAGCCUGUUUGUUUGGCAAAUCUAGGUGGCUUUUAUACUUUCUUAAAGAACCACAACAAUGGGCGGCUUGAGAUUUAGAGGCCCCCUUAGAAGAAAUCAGUUUAUCCUUUCAAUGCUCUUUCUUUUGCAAAUUGAGAUUCUGGGUCUGGACAUGGAUAGUCGUACUGCAAUGGAAGUCUGUGCCACACACACAAUUUCACCAGGACCCAAAGGAGAUGAUGGUGAAAAAGGAGACCUUGGUGACGAAGGGAAGCAUGGAAAAGUGGGACGUAUGGGGCCAAAAGGAAUUAAGGGAGAACUGGGUGAUAUAGGAGACCAGGGAAAUAUUGGCAAGACCGGACCUAUUGGCAAGAAAGGAGGCAAAGGAGAAAAAGGUUUGCCUGGAGUUCCUGGAGGAAAAGGAAAAGCAGGCACCGUCUGUGACUGUGGAAGAUACCGAAAAGUAGUCGGACAAUUGGAUAUUAGUGUUGCUCGCCUCAAGACAUCCAUGAAGUUUGUUAAAAAUGUCAUAGCAGGGAUUAGGGAAACUGAAGAGAAAUUCUACUACAUUGUGCAAGAAGAGAAGAACUACCGGGAAUCCCUAACCCACUGUCGGAUCCGUGGUGGAAUGCUCGCCAUGCCGAAGGACCAAGCUGCCAACACACUUAUUGCAGACUAUGUUGCCAAAAGUGGCUUCUUCAGAGUAUUUAUUGGAGUGAAUGAUCUUGAGAGGGAGGGGCAGUAUGUGUUCACAGACAAUACUCCACUGCAGAACUACAGCAACUGGAAGGAAGGGGAGCCCAGUGACCCUUAUGGUCAUGAGGACUGUGUAGAAAUGCUGAGUUCAGGCAGAUGGAAUGACACUGAGUGUCAUAUAAGCAUGUAUUUUGUCUGUGAGUUUGUUAAGAAGAAAAAGUAACUUCCCUUAUACUGCAUAUUAGUUAUAUUCCUUUGACAGCAUAAUAGUUAUUCUUAUAUAUCCUUGUUUGCUUAGUCAUGCUACAUUGGAUCUAAUGCAAGACAUGGAGGUAAUUAUAAUCUAAGGUUUUGUA